AUGGAUUUUGAUGAAAUACUUCAUGAAGUGGGAGAAAAUGGAAAAUAUCAAAAUCUUAUGUUAUGGUUCGUGUUCUUACCUGCGCACCUCACAUUUGGUUGUCAAGCAUUUAGCCAAUUGUUCAUGUCUUGGACUCCUGACCACUGGUGCCAAGUGCCUGAAUUGGCAGCAGCGAACUUGAGUGACCACCUUAUUAGGCACCUGACUAUUCCCCAGGCACCUACUAGUACUGGUUACAGCCGAUGUACCAUGUAUAAAUUGGAUUACAGUAUACGUACGGAACAUAAUACUAUUAUUUUAAAAGAGCCCAAUACAAACUGGACAAACGUUACUUGUAAAACUGGAUGGAUAUACAAUACAAGUAGUAACUGGGACAGAGAUACAGCUGUAACAAAGAGCAUUCGCCUUCCUUCCAAUCAGGGUUACUCAACAUACAUGAUUAUAGCUACAAGUAGAGUAAAAUAUUCUUGGUGCUUCACUGCACCAGGAACUAAGCUUGGUUUUGGUGUAGUGGAACACUCACUGAAACAUCACUUCAGUGUAAAGGAGUUGCCAACAUUUUUGGUGUUAAGAUACAUGAAAUGGGAUCUUGUAUGUUCCAGACGAUGGUUUCCUGUUAUACUUCUGACAGCAUUUAAUGCUUCAAAUUUUAUUGGACAGUGUGUUUGCCUGCUUAUUGCAAAGAAAUUUGGAAAACGAGCUCUUUUCUUCAGUGCCCUUUUUAUGCAGAGCGCAGGUGGUGUAGCGACUGCUUUCUCGCCAAACUUUGUCAGUUUUGCCAUUUUCAGGUGCUUAGUAGGACUAACUGUACCUGGUGUCCUCAUCGCCCCAUCAUCUCUUGCCCAUGAAUUAAGCGGCUGGAAGUUACAUCCAAAAGUCAGCCUUUUGUGUGCAGCUUCACGUAGUCUUGGAAUGGCUCUGUUAGCAGGAGUAGUGCUCUUUGUUGGAGACUGGUCAAACUUGGCAUUGGCGAGCUCUAUUCCUUUUAUGGUAUUCUUUAUGUACUGUUGGGUUUUUCCAGAAUCACCUAAAUGGCUGUUGGCAACCGGAAGAUAUGAAGAAACUGGACGAUUGCUUAGAAACAUAGCGACAACCAAUGGAAGAGGACUCUCUCCUGAUUACGUCAUCAAUCUAAAAAGAAGAUUCAGAGUGGAGCUUGCAUUACAAGAAGAUAAGGAAAAUGGCACUCAUACAUUAUGUGAUCUUCUGAGCACAUCCAACAUGCGAAAAAAAGUCAUUCUACUCAUCUUCAUCUCAUCACUCUCAUCCACUGCAUGCAUCGGUCUUACUUAUUAUUCUGUGUUCAUGCCAGUUGUACUGAGUAUACAACUGAACUUUGCACUGUGUGCCAUAGCUGAAAUGAUGGCAGUCAUCAUAACCAUGUCUUUACUCCGAUGUACCGGACGUCGAUGUUCUACAUUCAUAUUUGGUGCCUUAAGUGGAAUAGUGUGCCUUCUUCAAGCUUUUUCCUCUCGGUAUACGGGUUGGUUAAUAUCGUUGUCGUUGUAUGCGAUAGCGAAAUUUUUAAGCCAUGUGUUCAGCAUCAUACUGCCAUUAUGGACUAGAGAAAAUCUUCCUGUAGUAACAAGAGAAAAAGGAUUUUAUUUUAUAGAAACUUUCAGUUUAGUGGGACCCAUUGCUGUUCCUGUCAUCGUAUAUCAGGCAAGAUAUUCAAUUCUAUAA